AUGGAGGGCCGCAAGGGAAAAACCUCGCAGUUACGAGGAGGACCUAAGCAUGGCCAUCCAAGUGGGAGCAGAUCCAACCUUCGCUCGCGUCAAAGGGAUGGAAACCGACACUGGUCUCCUUCACACCGCGACUCACGUGACUACAAGAAGCGGUUUCGCAGUCCGUCUCCAAACAGUGGAAGUGUGAGCCGUAGUAGCAGCCGGGGAAGCGCUUCCUACAGCGGUAGUAGUGUCAGCGACAGUUACAGCAGUGACAGUAGCGCACGCUUUGAUUUCAGGCGCCGGCGCUGGUCACCGAGCCACCGCAGUGGUGGAACUGCGGGAGCGUUGUCAUAUUCCAAAGGGUAUGAUGUAGGGGAUAGUGAUGCAGUGUUAGAUCACCCUACUACAGAUUGGGUUUGUGGUGUGUGUAGCAACCCCAAUUCUGUGAACCGUGAGGACUGUUACAGGUGCGGAGCCACUUUCUCCGCUAGUGUAAAUGCAGUCCCCAGUGAAGAAGUUAAGGUUUCCAAUAUUCCAAACGGGGUGACUUUUGCGGAUAUUGGACAGAGACUUGGUGAAUACUUUUCGCAGUACGGUGACACGUGCCGUAUUAUUGCCCACGAUAUGGAUAAUGUUGAUACUGACGAAAGUGGUGGAAGUGCUUACUUAUUAUUUGAAGGUGUGGUUGAGGCUACGAAGGCGUUGACGUACGCCCGCUCAGCGUUGCUUUUGGGUGACAUUCGGUGCCCCAUGGAGUUUUCGCUGCAGGGACGCGCAAAAAAGAAAUUGAAUGACGUAUGGGAAAGAAAUGGUGAAGGUAGUGAUGAUCGGCGUGGUGGUGUCAGUCUAUUACCUGCUCCACCACCUGCUGUUGAGGGUCUCCCAGAUGAUUUGCAACCCGCCGUAUGGAAACCUGUGGAAAACUUCCCUUCCGUAGAGGCAGAAAUGAAUUAUUUGGAUAUGCUUUCGCAUCACUGGUCAAAGCUAUCUCAAGCGCAAAAAGACUACUAUGAUGAAGGUGUGCGUAGGGCUCUUGCUGCUCAACGUCGAAAGCAACCUUCGCAGCAAGUGACCGAAACCUCCGCUACAUCUAGGGGAGAAACUAAUACUGUUAAUGCGCCUACCUCGAGUGGUAACCCAUCACCACAAGGCAACGGAUCGUCACUUGAGAGUAUCAAGAAGCGCUUAGAAGAGAAGAAAAAGUCAAUGCAAAACGUAACGGAGGUUCCAAAAGUUGCCGCGUCACUGAAAGAGCGAUUGGCGAUGAAAAAAGCCCAACUAUCAUCAGCAGCCAAGCCAGGAAAUGCAACAGAGUCUGAUGCCGUUGGUUCAACUACGGCGGUGUCCUCAACUUUCUCACCACCGUCUACAGCAUCAGUCCUCCCACCAUCACAAAAGGAAUCCGCAGCGUCACAACAACACUUAUUCUUUGGGAUCCCGAUACCCCCCAGAUUCCCUGCCAAAACGGAUUAUUUAUUGAAUUCCAAGUCGCUCCCCGCUCGCGCCGGUGUGAUAUUCCGUUACGUACCCCCGGCGGUGGCGGAGCGUAUUUUGCAGCCCCCACUGCUACCGCAUUCCUCCUGA